AUGGUGCCUUGGCCCUCCUACCUCGACCGGGUCGUGCUUCUGACCAAACAACAACUCGUAAAUCCUGAAUCGGACAUGGAUUGGCAGCCGGAAAAGAUGACAACGCAGAUUUCGGUUACCCACGAUGAGACAGCCUCUGACUACCUUGCAGCCCUCCUUGACAGCUAUGUCCUCGAAGCGGUCCAGUUCUUUUGGUUCCGCAAGAUAUGA